AUGCUAUCCAAAUUUCAUCACUGCUCUCUCCGGAGCACCCUUUCUCAAUUCGUUCUUUCGUUAUGCUUUCUCCAAUUCACGGUUCUCGCACCUCCAGUAGAGGCAUCUAGUAUCCAGCCAUCAGCCCCGGGCUUGUCGUUCCUCUACACAGCCUACGUAGAGUGCAAAGGCAAUCUGAUGGAAGCUGCGGGACCUCACGGCAUCCGACGAGCUAUUCCAAUCGUGGGUGGCAACUUCACCGGUCCCAGAAUCUCUGGGGAAAUCCUUGACCUCGGUGCCGACUGGGGCCUGGUUGAUCCCAAAACCAACAUCUUCUCGGCGGAUACGCGGUACAACCUGCGGACAAACGACGGUGCCGAUAUUUUUAUCCAGACUGCUGGUCCUAAAUCGCCCUCUGGUCAAUUGCAUCUACGAUUGAUUUUCGAGACGGGUAGCGAGAAGUAUUAUUGGUUGAAUAAUAUCGUGGCCAUCGGUGUUUUAACACCUGUUCAACGAUCUGGAGACUCAUCGGUGCUUCGUAUCGAUGCUUGGAAUUUUGCAUCGGAUUGGAAUUCAACCACUUUUGUGGGUAACAAUUAG